AUGGAAGAUGAGUUGUCAAUGAUAAGAAAAAACAAGACUUGGGAGCUUGUUGACAAACCGAAGGAUAGAAAGGUUAUUGGAGUAAAGUGGGUGUUCAAAACUAAGUUAAAUGCAGAUGGUUCCAUCAACAAGUACAAAGCUAGACUUGUAGUUAAGGGGUAUACACAGAUUCUUGGUAUUGAUUAUUCAGACACCUUUGCACCUAUGGCUAGAUUGGACACCAUAAGACUCUUGUUAGCAAUUGCAGCUCAAAAGGGGUGGAAGGUGUUUCAAAUAGAUGUAAAAUCUGCAUUCUUGAAUGGUGGUAAUGCCAAGCUUUUUAAAGAGUUCAAAAGAGAAAUGAUGCGGAUAUUUGAAAUGACAUACUUUUCGGGAAUGGAGAUUAAGCAGUUGGAAGAUGAAGUUUUCAUCUGUCAAAAGAAGUAUGCCAAGGAAAUUCUCAAGAAGUUUCAUAUGGAGGAUUGCAAGGCAAUGGCCACUCCAAUGAAUCAAAAGGAGAGAUUGAGCAAAGAGGAUGGGACUGACAGAGUUGAAGAGGGUUACUUUCGAAGUCUGAUUGGUUGUCUAAUGUACCUCACAGAUGAAGGUUAUCGUGCAAUGGAGGAGUGUUAUUGCAUCGAGAAUGUGCCCUGGCGAAGAGCAUAUUCCAGAGGUAAGGAAGUUGCCGCCUUUAACGCUAACCCAUCUGAUGCAGAAGACACAUCUUCCACUGAAGAUGUUGACGGGGAAGUGGGCCUGCUCAGAAAGUGA